CACAAAUGAUGUUUCCCAGUUCAUCAAUGGUUUCCUCAACAAUCCGACUUCUUUAAACCCUAAACCUCUCCAAGGCCGAAUUUUUGAAAUACCCAGAAGCUCUAAACCUCCCGAAAAUGUCUCUCUUUAGAACCCUCUUCUCAAGCCAAACAAAUUCUUUGCUCAAAAUUCGUAAUCCGCUGUGUAAGUCUUUAACGUUUCCUUCGUUCUUCACGAGAACCCUAAAUUCCUCUGCCCAAAUCGAUCCCGAAACAAGCAAUGAGAGGGGCAAUAACAAGAAGUCUCUCAGUGUUCUCUUUCAGCAAGCAGUGGGUUUGAGUGAGAGAACAGAUACGAGUGGAAGCGAAAGCGAAGGGCAAACUGAGAACAGUGAGUUAAAGAGGAAAUUGAAAGAAUUUGAGAGAGAUAUUAGGGGUUUGAAAGCGAAGUCGAAAGAUGGGAGCAGGGUGGGGAAGAAGAAGGAGAGGGUGGAUGACAAGGAAUCUGAGCAAGCAAGGAGAUUGAGUGAAUUGUUUGGACCGAAAAAGCAAGAUGAGGGGGUGAAACUGAGGUUAAAGGUGGAAGAACCUAGGGUCAAAAAGGAGGUUUACUUGAAGCUUUCGCCUUAUGCAGAGAUUUUCGUUAAGCAUUUGUAUGAUCAAGGGUAUUUUAACAAGGCCACUUUCUUGCGAGAUGGAAACUUAGAUUUUGGUUAUUUUGACAGUGACUAUGGCAGGGAUUAUAUCUAUCACGCAGCAGAUAAGUUUGGCAAAGAUCAUCAAGAGAUUGCAAAAAAAAAGAAGCGUAUAGCAGUGUACGCUUAUCUUCUUGUGUCUACUCUUAGCAACAACAUUUCAAAUGCGGGUUGCGUUGAGAGCAAGUAUCUAGUUUGCAGUCUUAUCCAUUGGGUAGCUACCAUACUGGUGCAAGAGCAACCGCCAGAGGGAAUCACUUAUCUUUCACAGGAUGAUGUGGAUGAGAGAGUAUUCUUAAGAUGGUUGUCAGGCAGUAAUUUGAAAGAGGUGGCUCUCUUUGGUUGCCCUUCCCUCGCUAAAAGGAGUGUUUUUGCUGCUAAGAGGUUGCGCAAAUUUUUUAAAAUUGAAGAACAAACUGUGUGUCGUAGAUGCGUAUUAAAAGAUUCUUGCAAGCUUGCAAACAAGGAUGUGUGGGGAUCUAGUGUUGUGUCUUUAAAUCUGAGUGAUGUAAUGAGGGUCAUUCUCUUGUAUGCUUUGGACAAAGCAUCUCCACAGCUCACAGUGCCUGAUAAAAUUAAGGAUUCAGUUACUUACUUGCUGAAGGAAGUUGUCAAGCUAAGUCGAACUACUUCAUUAUAAGGCUUCUUAGUACUGGUCCAUUCGUGCAAUCCCACUUUGCUGGUUUUGCCCUUGAUCUACUCUGUAGCUUCCAUCUGACCAUAUUUGACAUAAUCACAAGGUAAUAGACUAAGAAGAAAGGAUAUUCAACAUGACAGGUGAUCAAAUGCCCUUUGCCAAUGCUUGGAUCAAAAUGUGGGAAUGCAACUUUACCCGUAAAAUACAUGAUUGCAAGAUAUAAUUUAGUCAGCCUAACAUUUGCCAGUAAUUUUGAUAUGGAUGCGUUUAACUAUCCCCUUGAACUUGCACUUUG